AUGGGAGAUGGGAAUCUUGAAAUCAUAUGGCUAACCAAUGAAACUUAUGGCUCUUGGGUGUUAGGCGGGAUAUUGAAUAUCCUUUCAAGAUCUUGGGAGACAGGACCUACCACACUAGGAGUUUCCCCAUCUAUGAAUAUCGGAGCAUUCUUGGAUAUGAAGUCCCCAACUUGGCAGUUUGAAGAUGAUCAUGUAUCGAAGUACAAGAUCAUGGGUUCUAGGAUUGAAGAUGGAUUUGGUGUAGUUUCUAUAGGUAUUCUCGAACUUGAGCCUAAUGAUUCAACCCAAUCGACUGUCAUCUUGUUGGUUUCACUUUGCUCAGCAAUAUGA